AUGUCUUCGCCUUCAGGAGAACCGAUACCAGACAUAUCUAGUCGAUUGAUGAACCCUUCGAUUGUGUUCUGCUUUGUAACUCCCUUGUUCGUGGGGCUGAGAGUAGCCAGCAGGCUGCAUUUUACAAAGCGACUGGGAAGGGAUGACUGGACCAUUCUCAUCUCCUGCUUGUUCUCGGUGAUACUCUCGAUAACCAUGAUUAUUGUUUGCAAAUGGGCAUUUGGGAAACAUAUGAAACAGCAAGAUCUUCUUCUUGUUCAGAAGUCAUUGAAGCUUUAUGUAGGAGCCCAAGUCGUAUAUAAGGUGACAAUUGCUCUAUCCAAAAUAUCGAUCAUUUUUCUGUAUCUACGUAUAUUCGUUGGUAAAAUCUUCCGUCGAACGUGUUGGUCUCUUAUCUGGAUUGUUAUCUGUUAUACGAUUGGGUCGUCAACAGCCACUGUCUUUCAGUGUACUCCGAUUCACCGUGCCUGGCAAAGACAAGUCCCCGGAACCUGCAUCAAUCUCACAAUCAGCUGGUAUUCAAACGCGGCCUUCAGCAUAUUAAGUGAUCUGGCUAUAUUGAUAUUGCCCAUGCCAGUUAUAAAAUCUCUCCUAUUACCCAAAAAGGAAAAGAUUGGGUUGAUGUCAAUAUUUGCGGUUGGUAUUUUCGUUUGUAUCACGAGCGUGCUCAGAUCCAUGAAAUUAGAUGUUGCAACUAAAAAUUUCGACGUAACAUGGUCCUCGAUCGACUCUUCAAUGUGGACUAUCUUCGAAACGAACAUUGCAAUCAUAUGCGCCUGUAUGCCGACAUUCAAAGCGCCUAUUUCCAAAAUCUUUCCUCGGGCUUUCGACUCCUUCUAUAGCGCUAGAGGCGGUCAGGAAUCGAAGGACGAUUCGUAUCUCGGCGCAUUUGUACAUCGUGGUCAAGCGCCAGUAGUGAAAGUGCCCUUUUAUAGCCUUACCAUGCCCAGGUUUAUCGGGUGGGAGCUGGUAGUGGAGAAGUUGGAGCUUUGGGCAAAACGAAUGGGCAAUGGAAGCAGUAGUAGUUUCGAAGCCGGGAAAGGUGGCGAUACCUUUACGAUUUCAAACGGCAGUACGGUAGCCGGAGAAAACUGUCAGGGAAAAAGUGAAUGCAGUGAAGUUGAAACUCCAGGUGACUUGGAAUACGGCAAGCGCUCGACUGUGACCCUUCAGGAAAGCACGAAGCAGACGGCUCUUUAACUAUCGUGUGAUUAUUUUCGAAACGAUUGAUUGAUCAGUGCACUAGUAUAAUGGAACUACAUACCCAUCCUCUCAAAUCGCGGUAUUGUGAAAUGGUAGGAUAAAAGAAUUUUGCCACCGGAUAUGCCAGAGGGAAGACAACGGGAAACGCCAUUGUCAAGGAGCAGGUGAAGCUACUUUUCCAGUCAAAGCGAAUGGCUUCCAAUGAAUUACGUACAGUACAAAUUAUGUGAAGAUAGCCCCAUACCAUUAAUCGACGUAGCAAUCGAG